GAAGGACUUCAGCAGUGCUUAGAAGUUCAAGUAGGGAACGGAACAUCAGGAAUAUCCGCUGCCUCAAAGGCGUUUCCACCGUUCUACCCAUGACCGAAUCGCAAGACAUCUCUCCCUUGUUCCAAACUGCUGAUGAGCAAUCUGAGCCAAUCAAAGCAGAAGUUAAAGGUAACCUCCCCUCAUGGCUGACCGGGACCAUGAUAAGGAAUGGACCUGGUAGAUUCGAGUGUGGUGACACGUCGUUUAAUCACUGGUUUGAUGGCCAAGGUCUGCUACACAGCUUUCACAUACAAGAUGGUCACGUGACUUACAGCUCCAAGUUUGUACGAAGCGAAAGUUAUGCAGACACAAAGAAACGCAAAAACUCCAUUCAUCUCGAAUUCGGCUCUUUUAUUGCCCCAGAUCCCUGCCAGAAUAUCUACGACCGUUUUGUGUCGAAGUUUUGGAUGAGUGAAGUGCCUUUUGACAACGCAUUUGAUUCCGUGUUUACCUUGAAGGACAGAGUCUUUGCAGCAGCUGAUUCCAACAUCAUAUUUGAAAUUGAUCCCAAGACCUUGGACACUUUAGAUAAGGUCGAUUUUGCCAAAGAGUUUCCAGGUGACGCCAAGAUCAAAUUCACCACAGCACAUCCCCAACACACUGAGGAUGGUUCACUUAUCAACAUCUCCGUGACACACGCUAAAGACUCUAUGUACGAUAUCAUAGAAAUCCCAGCCUCCAAGACGGGAAAGGACGAGCAUCCUCUGGAGGGGGGUAAAUUGAUUUGCUCGAUCCCACCCACCAACGGAGUUGGGUAUAUCCACAGUUUUUGCAUCACCGAGAACUAUAUCGUGGUUCCUGAAGCACCACUGGUACUGAAUUUGUGGGAAGCUUACGUUCACCGGUUAAAGGAGAGUGGUGUCGUUGAUUGGUUCCAGUGGAUAGAAAAUGAACGUGGCAGAUUCCAUGUUGUCGACAGGAAGAAAGGUACUCACGUUGGAAUAUUUACAGCUGAUCCGUUUUUUACGUUCCAUCAGGUCAACGCUUUCGAAAGGGACGGGAAUAUUUAUGUAGACACUUGCUGUUUCCAUGAUCACACAAUCAUCAAACAGACAUACUUGCAUAACAUGCGAUCCACCAUAAUCCCAGGGGUAAAGAAGCUCGAUAUCCCUGACAUUCGACGCUACGAGCUUCCUCUCAAAGACCUCGGAGAUGUAAAGUAUGGAAAGCCCCUUGAGAGAGGACCUGACGGCCUGGAUUAUACUAUUCUACAUGCCGGCGUGGAAUUUCCAAUUAUUAACGACACAGAAAAGAAUGGCAAGCCCUACAGUUUUUUCUAUGGUGUAGGAGCUGAUGAUCAAAAGUGGUUUAGUCACCUGGUGAAGGUGAAUACAGAGACCAAAGAGUAUAUCACGUGGGGAGAGCCUGGAGGUUUUGCGUCAGAGCCUGUAUUUGUCAAAGCGCCUGAUGGGAAAGAUGAAGAUGACGGUGUGGUGCUGUCAUGCGUAAUAAACAUCCCAGAGGAGACCACCUACCUUUUGGUGCUGGAUGGUAAAGAAUUCAAGGAAUUGGGGCGAGGUGUAGUAAAAGGAAUUACACCAAUGAGCUUCCACACCGGCUUCUUCAAAUAGAACAUAAACUCGUAUGUUAUCACCUGGCUAAGCAUUAAAUGGAUCGUGGUCUACUUUUGUAGAACUUGUAGAGCUCCAUUUAGCCCAUCCUACUUUACUAAGUUGAGAAGCCGUAGGAAUGAUUUAUUUCAGUAUAAUUGUUCAGGUGAUUAUCGAGAUACGCGCACUUUGAUUGAUUGCGGAUUGCUUCAUAUCUCGCGAUAGUCACCACUCGCGCAAGUUGUUUGAUAUUAAAGCAUAGAGUCGGAUCAAACAGCUGAAAUAAAAUUUUUGUCUGUCCCAAUGAAUGUUAGGCUAUUGCUUUGGCAGUUGUAACUAGUAGCUAGUAGCUAUCAGAGUGCGAUAUCCUGGAAUUCUCCGACGCAGGAGACAGUAGCCAAGAAGUCUCAAAAUUUGGUUAUGUGUGUUUUAAUGAAAACUAAAGUUUUACAAGGUCUUCGCACGAUCACGAUCAAAGGCUAUCUAAAAUAUCGACGUUUCGGAUUGACAACUUAUUGGGAGUGUACUUCCUGUCAUUUUACAUAUAUCUGGGCUGAAAGAUUACAUAAUUGCGUAAUGUGUGCCCUAGUCCCCGCCAUGCGAUAUAGAAUUCUAAGAUCUUAUUUACUUAUUUACUGUAUCGCAAUUUGUUUUUUAUCACAACCUCUAAUCAAAUCUUCUAAUGCCAAAUCUGCAAUCUUCAUUUUGCUCUGUAAUGGGCGUGGGAUUUGUUACCAACUAAAUUUUAUUUUUAGCUUGUAUUAUGUAAACAGGUUUCUCUACAACGGUCAUGGUCAACCCACACUUUAUUAUAGUUACAGCUUUGGAAAUGUGCGUGCCUUACAUUUUAGAAUAUUUUAAUGUUGUUCCAUACAGAUACCUUUUAUAUUAACCAAGUCGCUUUCGAAGUCGUAUUAAUUGUGUCGGAAAAGAUAUGGCUGCAUCUUUAACAGAUUCGCUCAAUUUUUUAAGGUCUUUUAUUAAGUUAGAAUCUCAUUAAAUGGCUAAGGUACAUACUUGCUGAUAAUUUGUGCUUUACUAAAGAAUUUGUUGUCAAUUUAUUCGUUCACUCCUUUUGAUAAUUGGAACAGUAUCCAAGGAGGCAACAACAAAUUAAAACAAAAAGAAACACAUAAAAAAAUCCAAGAUUGAAAUUAUGAAGAUAUGUUGGUGGAAAGCAAUUAUAGUUUUCUGAACGCAGGCUUUCUCUUCUCAAAGUUUUCAACAUGAAAUAAGUCGCUUUGUUGGUUUUGUUGACAGUUUGCUAGUUUGUCCAUCUUUUGCCUCGUAAUUGGGAAAUCUGAAUGGCUCGUAAAAUCGUUCGAUUAUAUUACACACAAAAAAAGCUCAAAGAAAACAAACAGAAUAACAUCUUACCUUUAAAUGAUUCUAUGUAACAUGCAGUCACGUGAUGAUAAUUACGCUCUCUGCAAUAAUAUAUAUCACUGGAAAGGAUUAUUAACAUUAGACCUCACUAACAUAUGUUACGCAAGCUUUAUUUACUUCUUUAUUUACUUCUGAUAAUAUCAUUACUAAUAUUUUUUCAAGAGAUUAAAAACUGAGAGAACCUA